CCAUCCAGACCUAGUGGAGGUGGUGUUUGCCCCCUAUAUUUUUCUCCCUCCCCCCACUUUUUUUUUUACAAACCUUUUAAAUAACUGAAUGUCGCUUGCACUUAGGUCUGAUAUUGCCAGGGGGGCAGAUAAGCUGUGCCCCCCCUACUUUUUUAUGCCCCCCUAAACUUUUAGGCUGGUUGUGGGUCUGGCCACCAUCCCUUUCUUUGUAAGGGCUUAGAAACACAGACACGUGCUCUAAAGCCUUCUUGGCACUCAUAUCUUCUGGUCUGGAAGUCCUUUCCCCUAAUUCCUGCUCUAUGGGGAAUAUAUAAGGUUGCCUAAUUCCGUGUGAGGCCAUUGCUUUAUCUAGCUCUAUCUUUGUUUACUGCCUGGCAGUAGCUUCAGACGGAGACUGUCCAUGCAUCUUUUAAAAGUCAGAAUUGUCUUUGUCCAGCUCCAGCUGAUGCGCCCACUGUACCCGUUCCUAGAUAGGUCCAGCCUGGCUACAGUGACGCAUGCCUCGGUGACAUCACAUUUAAAUUACUGCAGUCAUUCACUCUGUGUGAGGCUGCCUCGGAAAAAAGUCCAGAAGCUACGACUAAUCCAGAACACAGAGGCCUGGUUGCAUACAGGAGUGGAGUCUGACUAUAGGGACCAUGUAACCGGCAGCUACAAUUUCUUCGCUGAUUACCACUCUUGCCCCAGGUGUGCGUGUGCUUACUACAGGUGCAGAGGGAACCAAUUUCUCUCUGCCCAGAAGGUUCCAAAGCUGUUGAAAAUUAUGUCUGCAGGAGAUAACAGGAAUAUGGAAGUCCUAAAGGAAGUGUGGAGGAAAGAAGAAAAUGCCUUGUGCGCAGACUGCGGGAAACCAGAUCCUGAUUGGGCCUCCUGCACUUUGGGUAUCUUCAUAUGCUUAAACUGCUCAGGGAUUCAUUGCAAGAUCCCUAACAUCAGCAAAGUUAAGUCUCUAAAAACAGACCACUGGGAUGAAGCUCAGGUGCAGUUUUUGGUGCAGCAUGGAAAUGCAGCUGCCAAAGCCACAUAUGAGGCCCAUAUUCCUACUUAUUAUUACCAUCCAAGCCACACUGACUGCUUAGUCCUGAGAGAGCAGUGGAUACGAGCCAAGUAUGAACGGAUGGAAUUCACAGAGCCAGGAAAAUACCUGCCAUAUUCGAAUGGGCUAAAGGAAGGGAUCCUCUGGAAACGAGGCCGAGACAACGGGCAAUAUCUUCCACGCAGGUUCCUCCUGUCUGAGAGAGAAGGGUGUCUCAAGUAUUUUGUCAAACAGGAUGCAAAAGAACCCAAAAUGGUUAUAAAAAUUGACACGGUCAACGCCACGUUCCAGCCAGAAAAGACUGGGAACCCUAAUGGCUUGCAGAUCACCUAUCUCAAAGAUAACAAGACCCGUAACAUCUUCCUUUACCAUGAAGAUGGGAAGGAAAUUGUGGAUUGGUUCAAUGCAAUUCGUGCAGUACAGUUCCACUAUCUGAAGGUGGCCUUUCCUGUUGCCAGUGAUCAAGAGCUCAAGAGUCGAUUGACACGGAAUUUCCUGAAAGAAGGCUACAUGGAGAAGACUGGGCCCAAGCAGAAGGAGCCUUUUAAGAAGCGCUGGUUCACUCUUGACCAUCGAAGACUGCUGUACUUCAAGGACCCUUUGGAUGCUUUUGCUAAAGGUGAAGUGUUUAUAGGCAGUGGGGAACAUGGGUACAGCAUCAAGCAAGGAUUGCCCAGUGGCACGCAGGGUAGCUUCACCUGGCAAUAUGGCAUCACCAUCGUCACCCCUGACCGGGAUUACCUCUUGACCUGUGAGUCGGAGAGUGACCAGCAAGAGUGGAUUUCAGCCUUCAGCCAUGUUACAGAACAGCCCAUGACACCUCAGGAGUAUGCAAUUGAAGCUUAUUUUAAGCUCAAGGCCUAGCAUUCGUGAAGAGAUCCUAACUGCUGUCCUCUGUGAUCUACUCUCUUUGGGAAGCACAGGCGGAAGGAGACCUCUACCGAAUAAGCUGCCAUCUUAAAUGAUCCUCUUCAAUGGAGGAUGCGUUAAAAGGAACCACAUCCAGUCCUGAUGUUAACGAAUGAUUUGUUCCAACUGUACAUCAGACACUCAGGAGACAUUUCAAUUGGCCAAUCUGGAUUUGCUGAUGCAGGUCUUUGGGCCGCCCCACCACAAGCCUGGAAGCCUUGCUUCCUAUUGGCCAGUGUACACAGGUGCCCUCCUAAAUGGCUCACUACUGCUUGCUACUGAUUGGCUGCUGGCUACUAUUAAAGGCACCAGCAGGAAGAUACAAACAUGCGCUCAGUGUGAUGGCUGUGUAUGUACUUCAUCAAUGCAGGUUUGCACUGUUUGCUGACUCAGCCCCUUGCCUUUCACACUGACUAUCCUUAUCCCAGCGACUAGAUUUUAUUAGCUUACUUUCCACUUAGUGCCCUGAUAUAACUCCAGCUUUUGCUCAACCUUUGCAGGACCAAAGUAAUUUGUACAAUGGGCAAAAGUGUAGAUGGACUAAAAUGCCACUUGUCUGGGUCUGAGGAGUUGUUGUUUUCUGAAUGGUGACUUAGCUGAUGCACCAGUGUGGUUAGUUGGGAGGCUGCGCUCUCUCACUGCACUGCUGCAUCCUUGCUUUCAGUGUUCAUGACGGGGUAAACCACUUCCUGGAAACGCCCAAAGAGCCAACUCAGGUUUCUGUUAGAAGUGCUUUUCAGAAAAUAACUAGAUCUGGCUGCAUAUUAAGUAGCCUUAGGUAAGGGUAUAAUUUUUGACUUGGAUUCAGAGAAAUGGCUCCUCAGUCGCUUAGUAAGAAUGCUGGAAAUGUUCCUGGAAGCAUUAUUUUACUUGAACUAGAAGGGACACUAAAACCGUCAAUUGCACUGCCAAGUCCUGCACCAUAAUGCUUUCCCCUUCACUGACCAAGCCAGAUUUGCAGGACAGCUCAUGAAAGCAAUCAGUUGCCAAGGCAGCUGUUCACAGACGAUGCUCCUUCUAACUAGUUUGGAGACACUCAGAGAACGGAAAUAGAUGGGUAGAUAAUUCCAUACAGCACUACUAGAGUACUGGAAUUACCAUUACUGCUGACAACGUGGCAUAAAGUAAGGGUGUUUUGUUCCAAGUGGUGGAUGGAUGGCCAUAAAAUCCACUGAUAGCAUGUUCAUGCACAUUGCGAGCAAACACCCUAUCAGGAAGCAUUCUGUCAUGGUGCUGAAGGCUAGUGGGUAGCAUUGAUAAACAUCCUGAUUUGAUCAGGACAGUCAGGAAAAUUGCUGUCUUGCUUUGAAUAAAAGACUCUCCAUUCUGGAGCAAGAAAACAUCCACAGUGUUUAAAGCAAAUACAAAAAAUGCAGGCACAUAUUUUUAUCUCACCUUCCUCCAAAGAGCUCAGGAGGGGAUGCUCUCACCAAGGAAUGCUCUCCUCCUGAUCUCACAACCACCCUGUGAGGUAGGUUAGGCUGAGAAAUAGUGACUGGUCCAAAAACAUCCAGUGAGCUUCAUGGUCGCGUGAAUCCUAAUCCAACCGCUACACCCAGGGGUUUCAAAUGAGGACAUUACCCUCAAACCCACCCACCCCAGUCUUGUGCCAGCAGCAGUGGGGAGAUUUCAGCCUAAAUAUGUCUGUCUGCAUAGUAUCUCCUGCAUGCUAUUUUACAAACUACUGUCUGGGGUUUUUUCACUAUACCCAGUAUAGCAUUUUUUUCUCCCUCAGAGGAGCUGUUUUGGUGGACUUGAAAGCUUGUUUACUACUUGGUGUGCUGUUUUAGUCAGUCCUCAAAGAAAUACUCAUUUGCUAAACUUGA